AUGGGUUGGUUAAUAGAAGGUUUGGUCACUGUUUGUACUGCGUCGUUGAUUGUUGGGAGUAAUGGGGCGGUGGAUAAUGGACAAAAUGCAGGAUCGUCAGAAAUGCACGAUGCGAACAGAAGAUUCUCCGUAAUACCGCGUCAAGUACUGGCUUUCUAUAACAAUACCAGGGUGUCGGAGACGUCGAGUGAUACUUCUCGCAUGUCGGCAACACACAUUGACUCCGUCGUCUUUACCUCAACUGAGACAGAGUCUUCAGCAACGUCAACAUCCCGGGAACAUGCUUUUCCUUCUACUCCCUCGCCCUCAGAAUCGAUACCGAGUAUACCAUCUAGGACAAGCAGCAAUGCGCCUUCAACAUCAUCCGCACCAUACAGUUCAGGGGCAAUAUUACAAAGCGUCACGAAAGGAGCGAACACACUUUCAAUCACUUCGCUACCCACUGUGAUUUCAUCGCCUACACCGGAAGUUGAGUACAUGUCCUCGACUGUUUCUGAGAUACGAUUGUCAAGCACUCAGCUGCCAGCAACUACGACCGACCUAUUCCAUAUAGUAUGGGAUAGUCUUUCUCAAACUUCAAGUUCGAGUCGAGCCGUAAAUGUCGCUGUCACUAGUGCUACAACUAGUUGUACAUCUUCGACUCUUAGCUCAACACCACCGAGGCUUCCUACCUCUUCGAGGAGUACCACGAGGCUUCCGUCACAUACAGUGUCCGAUUUGGUCAACUGGCUGCCCCCAAUAUCUUCCAAAAUUGACACCAAUAACGAUAAAAGCAGCCCAUCUGCUACAGCAAAAGCAAGCGCGCCGACCAUCACCAUUCCUCAAGAAACAGCUUCACUUUCUUCAGAGACCUCGGGAAAUUUCUUUCCAUUACCGACUGCCGUAGCCCAAAACGCCUCAACUCUAUCUCUUCCUUCUACUAUCAGUUCUGAGGCGAGCGUGGUUAAUACUGAUUGGAUACCGCUUGUCUUCACUCGGCCCAACUCCCAAACCCUUGCCCCGACGAGCUCUCUCUUACCAGGAAGGCUCACCAUCUCAGUAUCCUCUAACUUGUUUUCGAACAGUAACUUUUCUGGUUCAGUACCUUCUGCAAGCCUGGCCGUACCAACUCGGUCAGUUGUUUCGGAUAUUCCAAGUCCAACCAAUAUGCCAUUUCCAGAAAACAACACCUUUUCCUCGUCAGGAAUUUCCUCUACAUCUGUUUUUAGUACGGGGAGCCUUUUGAGCAGAAUCGAAAGCAGUACAUAUAUCCAGACAACGCGGGCGAGUUUACAGCCUUCGUCUAUGUCAAAACCAUUCACACACAAUUCUCUAAUACCCACACCUACUCAAUCCUCAACAUCCACAACUGUUACGAAGACAUCAUCUGGACAACUCUCAUCAAUGAUUAUCUCCUCAUUGCGACUGGCAACUACUUCAGGAACAGAUGCUACUUCUUCGCUUGCUCUUUUACCAUUUCCAGUCAUCUCUUCGGUUUUCACCGGCUCUAGAAACGCUUCUGUAUCCAGGACUGCUCAAUCGAGUCACCCUUUUACCAACCCAAUCUUUCCAACCAGCAUGAGAAGUAGCUCCAGCACAAUUACCGCCCGUAGCUCGCACAUGAGCGGGGUAUCUAGUUUACAUAUUUCGUCUAUCAGCAGAUCAGCGGUUCCCUCCGCCUCUGUGACACCUAGCAGCUUUGUGACCAAGACAAAGACACAGAAUUUCCAGUCACCAUCGAACAUGAUGUCAGGAACAGAGGAUAUUAAGGAAACCAUGAAGGGCCAAAGCACAGCUCUUCCUCCUACGAACAGCCCCACUGAGACAGAGGCCGCAGCGGCCGCGCCUUCACUGAAGCCAUCUGAGACUGCAGGAGUAGUGAUUGGCAGCACCACUGGAGUUCUCCUAGCAAUCGUCGCUGCAAUCUUUGUCAUCCGUCGCUAUCAUGCAUUGAAGCACAACAACGAUGGAUCCGGGCCAUACCCAGAGAUGGCCUACUUAUACGACCCUUUCCCUGACCAUUCUGAAGGUGACAGCGGCAGAGACGAGGCCUCGACUCUCCUAUCCGGGGGUACAGGUGUGAGACCAUCUGCAUCAAGCAGAAGCAUCACACUCCCUCGUGCCCCCCACAACUCUCUAGACGACGAAUAUCACCACACCUACAACGUCAACACGAUACGCUACAGCGACCCGGGCAACCCCUUCACCGACGCCAACGACCCCUUCCUAGACUGGCGCAGCAGCCGAGUCAUCAGCACACCCACCGACACCGCAUCCGCCCUCGCCGCCGCAGUAACCGGCUACAGCAAAGGCCCCCAGAAACCCCUGCCCCCCCUCCCAACCACCCACUGUACUCUCUCCGACCACAUCAUCCCCUCCCCAACACUAACCCCUCUCCCACCCGACUGCAGUCUCCGCCGCAGCCCCGCCAUAUCCGCCCGAAACAGCGUAAACUCCCUCCGCUCCCUCCGCCGCCUCCACCGUCUCAAUCCCCCAUCACCACCCUCCCUUGCCCCCGCCCACCCCACAAAACCCCAGCGAAACAGAACUCUACCAUUGACAACCAACGACCUCCCUCUACCCGUCGAUACCCGCUCAGAAACCCCGCAUUCAAUCACCCUGUAUGCGAAUCCGUCGUCGUACCAUCUCCUGCCAAAUGCCUUUUCGUAUACUUCAUCAACGGAGGACGAGGAGGAUACGGCGGCGGAGCAGGAGAUGAGCCACACGUCGCGGUCUGAGAUGUCUUUUUCUUCGACGACGACGAUAACUGGUAGUGCGGUUGCGGAUGAGGGCGUCGAGGUGCCGUAUACGGAUUUUCCUACGCCUCCUCUCCGCAGGCUCGAACAAGGGGUGGCGAUGGGAGAUGGAUCGAUGGAGGGUUUGGUUGGGUCGCCGUUGGUGGUUUCGCCACGGUCUUACCGCUUCCUUGGUAAGGGAUAG